CCCCAUCUACUGCUACCAACAGCUCUACCAAGCUCAUUGUCUGGUCCAUGGAUCCCUUCCCUUGCUUCCAUUCCUCCAGCUUGCUAGCUUGACCGCUUCCCUUCUUGAAUGCACUAGCGUUUGCUUUUUGGUCCAUCUUGAUCCGAUCGAAUUCUUUCUCGGUUCUUUGUGGUUUGGUUGUGGUAACUGGUUUCUUUGAAUCUUGAUCCGCCAUGGACGGCGAUGUGCUUGUGGUUAGUAGCAGUGCGAGUGCGACACGGCACAGCUGCAAGGUCUGCGGGAAGGGAUUCGCCUGCGGCCGCUCGCUCGGCGGCCACAUGCGCUCCCACUCGCUCACGGAGAUGGAGGGCGCCGACGCCGACGAUGGCGACGGGAGGAUAGAGCGCCGGUGGAUGAUGCAGAGCGGUGCGCGGUGUGCCAAUGCCGGUGCCGGAGCCAGCGGCGGCGGAGGCUAUGGGCUGAGGGAGAACCCCAAGAAGACGCGCCGGCUCUCGGGCUCCGGCGGACACGGCGGCGGCGACGACGACGACGAGGAGGACGGCGGUGGCGAUCCAUGCCGUUACCGCGGCGAUCUCUUGUCGUCGUCAUCAUGCCGUACGGUGCUCGGCCGCGCGCGCGGCCAUGCGCCGGCAGGCGGAGUAUACGCCGACGACUCCGAAAAUGCCGGCGUCGAUGCUGACGACGACGGCGACCGGGAGACGCUGGUGAUGGCGGCCCCGAGGCGGCGGCCGCGGUCGAUGCGCGUGCCGGCGCCCGCGCGCGACAGGUUUGACGAUAACGAGCAGCUCUUCGUCGCUCAGUGCCUCCUGAAGCUGUCGCGCGACGACGGCGGGAGCUCGAGAAGAGCUAAAGACGAAGACGAGUACUUACCUCACAAGUACAACAAGUACGACGACGACAUCAUCUCCGACGACGACGAUUUAGAACUGUCUCUUUCGUCUCAGCACACGGAUAUUAAGAUGAACAGCAACGGCAACGGCAAGAAGAAGUCCGUGGCUAGCCGGAGACUCAGCGGCGAGAAGCGAGGCCGGUACGAAUGCCAUGGUUGCGGCCGGGUUUUUCAGUCCUACCAAGCCCUCGGCGGCCACCGUGCUAGCCACAAACGAAUAAACAGUAAUUGCAGCCUUCUCCGAGUCGUGCCGUCCGAUCACAAAGCCGCCAUGGUCGUGGCCGAUCAGCCGGAGCCGAGCAUAGAGACGAACAUGUCGUUGAGCACCACCUCCACGUCGGUCUCGCCGGAGGCCGAUGCCGGAGCCGGCGUCUUCUUCGCGAAGACAACGAAGAAACCAAUCAAAUUCGUGUGUCCGGUAUGCUCCAAGGAGUUUGGCUCCGGGCAGGCUCUCGGCGGGCACAAGCGGUCGCACUCCAUCGCCGGCGAGCUCUGCGAGCGCGGCCACGCCGACGGCGGCAUUCUCAGGCCAGAGCAACCAUUGCUCGCGGAGAGGUUUCUUGAUCUCAAUCUGCCAGCUCCGGGAGGAGAUGAUGGCUGAAGCCGGUUUGGUUGCUCCAAAUUUUUGACAUUUUUUUUUUGGGAGAGCAUGGUACGUACAGAUUAAAUUCAUUCUUUGGAGUUUCAGGUUAGGUGAUCAUAAGGGAAUAAAUAAUUAUCGAUAGGUCUUCAGUUCAUUCGUGCGGAUUUUUCAGCCAUUUCUUUUUUCAAGUUAGUGUAUUUGUUAGCUCUGUUCUCUCUUUGCUCCUCAUUGGGAGCAAAAUAAGCAUAUCAUGAUCUCAAUUGAGAGCAAGAGAGGGCACAAUGAGAUGCUUCAAGAUUAGAUUUCAGUUCACUGUCCUCAUUUUGUUUCUUCGCUAUUCUGCAUCAACUUUGGAACUAUGCUAAGCAACAUGCUGCUUUAAAGUCUGAUGCAGAUGAGCCACUGGCAAUAGCUGUUUAGAGCCGGUAUGAUAAUACUGAUAACUUAGUGCAGGAAUAAUGACACUAUGGCUGCAUGCA